GUGGUUUCCUUUUUUGGCAGCCGGUUUUGCUUUUGUUGAGCAUGAAAUCUCUGCCCCCUUAAAAAUCAUCCUUGGAAGAGGGCAUCUUCCCUCUUCCUUUUUAGUUUUUGAGCCACCUCUUCUGAGAGCCUGGGGGGAAAGGGAAAGUUGUAAACAAAUUGCCACCUUAAAUCCGUGGUGCAGGUCUGCCAAGCGGCCGGGUUCAUUGUGUUUACGAGGCUCGCUGAAAUGUGUGGAAUCCGGGGAAGGCGAGCACCCAGACGGGGGCCCGCCGGGGCAGCGGCCAGCGCCGGGAAAACGCCGCCGCCGGGAGCAGCCACAGCCCAGCCAGGACCCCCGCCUGCGCCGGCCUGGGCCCUUCCCCUGUGCACUUGGCUACUUUUUACGUUUAACCAGAUGGGAAGGGAGAGGAGGGAAAGAUCCAUGUGGCUGCCCUCUUCCGAUCACAAAUAUUGUCGGGAAAGCUACUGGCCGGAAAGCGCCGCUGUGGCUGAGAGCGAAGUUUCAGAGACUCUUAUUUAAACUGGGUUGUUACAUUCAAAAAAACUGCGGCAAGUUCUUGGUUGUGGGCCUCCUCAUAUUUGGGGCCUUCGCUGUGGGAUUAAAGGCAGCUAAUCUCGAGACCAACGUGGAGGAGCUGUGGGUGGAAGGUAAGAGACCCAGCGCCCGCCGCGGCGCCCUCUCGUCCCCCAGCCCGGGCCCCUUUCCCUUCCUCCUUCCAACUGAUAAAGAUAUUUGCCAGCAUACACCUAGAGCCUUUCUGUGGCGAGCGAGAACCCCCUGCCCGCACCAGGGGGAAUUGUUUAUUGUUUGGGCGCCUGGCCGGGAGCCAGGCCCGCCCGACAAAGGCCGCGCUGUAAUCUACUCGGGGCGCUGCGCUUUGCUAGGUGUUGUGGGAGAGAGUGGCGAGGGCGGGCCGGCGGGGGCGCGGGGCCCCUCCGCGGGACGGACCACUCC